GGACGUUAAGUUUGGGCUUUUAGGGAGGAUCUCAAGUUCGGAAGGUGUUGUUCAGUCAGAUUUAACCAAGGUUGUUUAAGAGUUAGUAGACUAUUUGUUUGUAUUUUUUUAAUUCAUGGAAUUGUUUCUAAACGACUGUUCUGGCAAAACAUUUGCACCUGGAUAAUCUCGAGUGAUUGUAAGUGUGAUGAUCAUCUGCUAAAUGAGCAACAACGACCACAAUUCACUCCUUCAGUCAGUGAAGCUCCCACAGCCGUUCAUGAGAGUUUAAAUGCUGGGGAAUAUUCCCAUCUUCCCACAGGAGAAGAAGAAGCAAGCAGGAGGAAUUACUCCAGGAGAAACUACGGACAUACUAUUGUAAAGAUGGAGAUUAAGGAAGAACCCUGCAGAAUAAAAGAUGAAGAUACAGAGGAACAAAUAGACCCGAUGGAAGUGAAUGAGGACAAACAGCAUUUUACAAACGAAGAUGGAAACAUCAUUUCACAGACUGAAAAGAAUUUCACACAGAAACGAGCUGGAAAAACUGGAGUCAAAGGAUCUUUCACCUGCUCUGAGUGUGAAAAAAGUUACAAACAGAAAAAAAACCUAAAUGUGCACAUGAGGAUUCACACUGGAGAAAAACCGUUCACAUGCUCUCAGUGUGGAAAGAGUUUCACAUCCCAAAAUAAUCUCAAAAAACAUCUUCUCUCUCACUCUGGAGUGAGAUCAUUCAGCUGUGAUCAGUGUGAGAAAACAUAUGUUUUUGGAUCAAGCUUAAGAACACACAUUAAAACUCAUACUGGUGUGAAGCCUCACUUUUGCUCUUUUUGUGGAAAGAGUUUUUCACUACUGCACAUUUUAAAAGAUCAUGAGAGUAUUCAUACUGGUGUGAAAUCUUAUCUGUGCUCUGACUGUGGGAAGACCUUUGUUACAUCCAGUGACUUAAAAAGACACCAGAGAGUUCAUAGUGGAGAGAAACCAUACAAGUGUUCACACUGUGGAAAGAGUUUUGCUCUGUCAGGAACCCUGAAAACACAUGAGCGAGUUCAUACUGGAGAGAAACCUUAUGAGUGUUCACACUGUGGAAAGAGUUUCGCUUAUUUAUCAUCCUGUGCAGAUCAUGAGAGAGUUCAUACUGGAGAGAAACCGUACAAGUGCUCUUUAUGUGGAAAGAGUUUCACCCAACUAUCUAAUCUAAAGACUCAUGAGAACAAGCAUUAAGAUGCAGAUCUCUAAAUGAUCAUUUUCAACAAGCACAAGACAUGAAUUAUUGUAUUGCUUUUAUUCUCCCUCUUCUUUUGAAGCAGAUUCUGUGUCACAUCAUCAGG